GCAGCAGCUCUCCGGUACAGGUAUGAACGAUGUAAUAAAUAUCAUAACAAUACUGCAUACUAGUCAAAAACGCUGGGCAGGUAUUCGACAGCCAGUGACACGUCCUUGAAGAUAUCACAGAUAAGGUGUCCUGCUGGGGUUCGAGAUAUACAAUCAUUUGUCGAAGGGACACUCGAGCAGAACACAUAUGAUCGAUGGGAAAACGAAACUACUGGGAGCAUCUUUCAUUCAAAUAUUUCCCUUCCCGCAAAUACUCCCAACGCCUCGUGAGAUAGUCCCAAUAUUUCAGAAUGACACCCUCAUUUUACCUUCCCAGAUGCUGUUGUUGUCCCAGGCCGAGGCUUAACAUUGUUGCCGGUGUUGUCUUCCAUCUUCUGCUUCCCUUUGGCUUCGUUGCCGUUGGUCGUCUCUUGCAUGGGCGUCUGCUUGCUUAACGAACCCUCCUCGAAGCCUAGCGCCUUGACGAUCCCCAAGCCUUUCGUUCUACCCUCACGGAAGAGGAUGCGCUCGCCGACCGUGAGAAAUUCUGGCCGCUGCACAAAGCGGAACGCCACAGUGGCGCGGUCGCCGGUGCGGAUAUACUCACGGUCGAUCUCGAGGAUGGCACAGGUCUGGCUGACGGGGCCGACAUGUAGCAUCGCCUGAUACUUGGGUCGAAUGGUCGUUGCAUGUGAAAGGAUGAGGACUUCUGCCACAAAGUCUCUGUAGACUUUGGGAGGCGUCUCAAGCUUGGGCAGGACCACCAUGCCUUUGCGCACAUCUUUCCGUCGGAUCCUCUUGAGCGCGAACGAGGCCGACUGACCCGCGGAACACAAGGGAACCUGUAUCCGCUUGCGCUCGAUCGACCGGAUACUGGUUGUCUGGAACUGGCCGAGAGAAUCUGGACCUACCAGUACGGUAUCUCCCGCGUGGAUGACGCCGGACCGGACCACUCCGGAGACCACGGUGCCCACAAAGGGGACGGAAAAUGUGUCGUUGACGUGAAAUUCAAACGGUGCUUCACUAUCGUAAUGGCCAUGAUGAGGGAGGAUAUUGAGGAACGUUCGAACCAGAUCCAAGCUUUCACCGGUGACAUUCGAGACCUGAAAGAUGGGACAUAUUCGCUGGGAGACAAACUGCGUCGCGGUGAGGACCGUAUCUUCGUGGUUCUUGAUGAAGAUUGGAAUCUUGCGAGCGCCCGGCGAUUUGAGUAUCCUCGUCAACUGCGUUAUCGUUUCCUGGAGAAUGUGCGGAGGACAAAUAUCAAUCUUGGUGAUGACCACCAUAACAGGGACAUUCAACGCAAGAGCAAUACCCAGAUGUUCCUUGGACAUUCCGAUCAAGCCAUUGUUCGCUGCUACCAUCAGGAGACAGUAAUUGGGCGCCGAAGAGAGCAAACCGAAGACGGUAGUCCGCAGAUACUUCUCGUGGCCUGCCAGAUCAGUAAACGUGAUGACCUUGGCUGACCGAGUGCCGAUUUCGCCCCAGGUCAACUUGCGGCCUGGGAUGUUGGAGAUCACCACGUCGCCCUGAGUGUCAAAGCCCAUGAUCUCCAUCCCGACAGACGACGUCCGCCCGGACUCAAUCUCGUGCUUGUGGCGAAAUAAGUUCACUCGAGCUCUGCCUCGGCCGUCGUCCAGGUUUCCCUUGACCAGCACGCCCAGCAUGGUCGACUUGCCCGCGUCCACAUUGCCUACCACCGCAAUUCGAGUCUCAAUCACCUCUUUGGCAGUCGAAGGUGUCUGACGGAUAAGAAGCUUGCCGUGACUCGCCUGGUCCUUGACGUUCUUGCUGUGUGCUUCUUGCGGACCCCCAACAUUGUAGGUAAGGAGCACCCGGACAGCGGCUUUAACCAGCGCGGCCGCCUCGAUGAUUCUCUGCAGCGCGAUGUCCCACUGCUCUUUGCUGAAGCCCAUGGAUUCGCCGCUAUCCUCAAGGCCCAAGUCGAACAAUGUCUCUCCAUGACCUUCAUCUAUCCUCGAUUGGACGACGCCGGCCAACUGCUGCAGAGUGGCGGUCGCAUCCUCUGACGUAUCAAGUAGCCAGUCCUUCAAUUUCGGCUGGCUCGGACCCUCCGAAAGGCCUAAUUGAUCGAGAAUCUCAAGCUCGGCGUGGUCUUCGGUCAGAGACGAGGGUGCGCCGGUAGAAUAGCCACUGUCGCUGGCAACGGACCCGGCAUGCUUGGUACGCUGCUUUGCCUGCUGUUUCUCGACAUAGUCGGCGAAGUCGGAGAGAGCCUAUGUGGCCACGGUUAGAUGUGUGUAUGUUUUGCGGGAACGACCGCUGUAGCUGCUUACAAGCUCUCCCUUGCGACGCUCAUGGAGCGUUUGUUUUAUGCGGCUGCCCAUGGCGCUGCUAAGGUGUUGAUGUUGGCUUUGGGUGUAUAUACGGUCGGUUGGGAUAGAUUCGCCCCCGCGCUCACUGCGGUAUUCGAAGGAUCAUUUUCGGAGAGAGCAAGGAAGUGAUCGGGAUUCUCUAUGAGCGGUGCAUAUUUUGAACGUUCAGAUGAGCACCAGAAUAACAGAUCGCACGGAGUGCCAGUGGUCAAUCUAUAAUGCCACUGUUAGAGUCAUUGACUGCCCAACGCGGGGUGUCAUCAGACUCGAGCGAGCGCCUGCGAUCGACUGACUCAACCCCUGGGAGACUGACUCCUAAGGAUCCCCACCGCCACCAUCGCAGUCCGCCUUAUGGGAGCCUGACCGUUCAAUCCAAGCUGGCCACCGGGACCUCUCUGCCACCAACCAUUUGCACAACCGCACAGUGUGUAGUUGUAGUACUAGUAUGGGCUUGAAAGGCUCCCUAAGGUAUCUAGCGUUGCAGUGCUUCAAUGCUUCAACCGACUCGGAGCCCUUGACAAACGUGUUUCCUUCGUCCCCAUGUAUAUAGUCUCGCUCUGCAAAAAUGGCCCCAUGGGUCCGCUCAUUCAUUCUGUCGCAUUUCAAGACUCAUAGAUCACGGCGGAGUGCCUUAUUUGUGUCCGCUAAUACGCUGCGACAUCUCUUGCUUGACUCAUUCACCGUGCAGUCUGCCUUGCCAGUCUCUUGCUUUCGCUGCCGAAUGCAGGAUCUCCCGCAGUGUGCCCUUCGAAUAGACGCGCUGCGAUAAUGACCUUUGCUUUUUAUUUCAGCGUUGGAGGUAGAUCUCGAUAUUUGUGACAGUGUGCUGCGACGUGCUUUUAGGAUCCUGGCUGAGGUGAAAUUAGGACUACGGAAUCGCCUGGUCGAAGUUAGACUUGCACCGGACACGGUUGAAGGAGAACCUGCCUCGCACGAAUAACAUGUCUGAUUGUUUCUUAGUGGUCUGCUGCCGUCAGAUAUCGUUCUUGUGCCGCUGGGCGAGAGCCUGACCUUGACCGUUUCCUCUCCUUCGUCGUCUUCCUCAAUGGUGUAGAUGGUCUCUUCGACCUCUCCGAGAACAAGGUUGCAAUGACUGUCAUAUGCCUAUGCGACCGUCAUUAUGAUUGCUGCAUCGACUAGGACUCCCCGUGCAUACAUGUAAUCUUCCUUUGAGUUCGCGGUCACCUCGUAAUCGGACGAAGACAAUUUCGUCGAGCGACAAUCGGACAAGGUCGAGGGGUUCGGAGACCGCGGCAGCUGCCUCGUCUGCGGUAUCAGCCAUGUCGUCUGAAUGAGGACGCGGUCGGCGUGUAGAGAAGGUGACGGUGUCGAGCCUUGAACAACCACUGCAAUCCUCCGAGAUUAUUACCUGGUCUUUGGUUGAGCCGGGGUGCAAGCCUCCCGCCUGCGCAUUCGGGGAGUUUGAGCUUGGCGCGGCUGGAAAAAAGACUGGCACUGGCAGCUGCUCCUUUGGGCUGCGAACUUCACAACUGCCAAUGCACCAACAUCGCGUGCCCUAGAUAUCACCUCUCUCCGUUAAGGACGGUCAACCGGUAUCUUGGGCCGUAUAUAUGCAAGGCUCCGUGCCUCUUUCGAGGUUCGUCAAUGGCGUCUUGCAGCCAUCCUCCAGCAAGAUACCUCACAUAACCAUCCAUAUCCUACGACGACAACCUCGUCCAUUGACCCGUUGCCAACCACGAUGGCCAGUGUCUGUUGUCCACGGACAGACUCGACACCAGUCUGCAGCCGCUUACAUCGGUGAUGUGUCCUUCCAAAUACCCGACCACAACGUGCGGGACGAGAGGUUGCCGGACAACCAGGUUGCUGAAGUUCAGGACGCUUCUGUGAUUGAGCCGAAAACUGCUACAACUGCGAAGCAAAGCGCGGCGAAACUGGUGACCAUGGAGCAAUUGUUGGAGGAGAACAAUCCCGAUCGGAUCCUCUUGGGACUCGUCACCAACUCUAUUGGCGAUGUCUUCGUUGCAACCGCCGACGACGAGACUUUUACUCGAGCUAUAUGCGCAUUGGAUCCCGACUACUUCAUCGUGCCCUACCGAAACCUUCAUCGCUAUGUAAAGCCGACCCUGGAAACCGAACCGCGCUUCCGCAUCGUGAAGUCGCUAGAGGAGCGCAUUUCGACCUUCAUCAAUAUUCUCGAUACGCUCGUCACCCUUCGACAAGAAAGGGGCUACGCCAUUCCGUUAGAUAUUUACCGGCAUCUACUACGGUGUGCGGCGGCUGGAGGCCAUGGCAACAUGGCGCGGAACGUUUUUCGCAAGCUCAUACCAGAGAAGAACCUAGUUCCUGACUUGGAAUGCUACAAUUACUUUAUGGAGGCAUUGGAUUGGAAUGAAGCCUACGGCAGGUACGAAAGGUACCAUUUGAGGGUGACACCAUACAGUCUGGGCCGUCGCUCGAGCAGUCGCCGACGCACUGGAUUCACGGGACAUGGUGUGGCAACACCCAGCAACCCGGAUAACGAACAGUCUAUUCGGUUGGAAGUGCUGAGGACUUUUAACGAGCUCAUUCGACAAGGCUUGAAAGGUAAUGAAGCCACCUUCUGCAAUUUGAUGGUCGCUAUGGGCCGCGAAGGGGACAUUGCCAGUGUCAAGAGUGUGCUCAAGUCUGUGUGGAACGUGGACGUGGACGCCCUCGAGAGGUACGACGAAGAGGAGUUAGAGAGCCCAACGUUCUACGAAGAGGGCUCACCCCUCCGCCCGACCGACCGGCUUCUGUUCACUGUAGUGCACAUCUUUGCAACCAACAACCAAAUCAGCGUGGCGGGUAUGUUGCUUGACUAUCUCUCGCGAAACUACAACCUCACGAUUCCGGAGGACCUUUGGACCUACCUGUUGGAGUGGACGUUUGUUUUGUCAUGUCAAUCACAGCAAUGGAGAGUUCGAGCAGGUUUUGGAAUUGGUCGUGUGUCAUUCCAGGCCGUUGAAUCAUUAUACGAAGUGUUCCACAGCGAACCCUACAGCAUCAAGCCCAAGAUUAUAGACCUGAUCUUCCGGGCCAAGAUGUGGACACGACGACAUGUCCUGGACCGGGCUGUGGAAGAUAUUCGCGAAUGCAUACGUCUGCUGGAUGAAGAGCGCACACACCUCUCAUCCUUGUACGACCAAAUGCGGAAGCACCUGCAAACCAGGUUCGACGAUAUUUUCGAAGAUGGCGUGGCAUCCGCUGAAUUUCUCAAGCUGAAGAGAGAGUUCUUGUUCGCGUCGCUGCAACUGGACUGCCAUCUUCAACUGGUCAUCGUUGCAGUCCGAAAUACCUUCAAGGAGAAGGAUUGGCCAGGGUCAAGGCGGCAGGUGGAGUGGCCAUAUCGGCUGCUGCCCAAAUUGGUGGAGGAAUGGUCGGAUUAUCUACCAGACAUCAUCCCAUACUAUACGCCCACGGGUCAUGUGCGGCUAUAUGGGCAUGAACACCGGCGCAACGCAAUCAUCUCUGCCAACACAGCUCAAACGACAAAGACCGGGUCGAUGCGGAUCAUGUUCGACACCUACAGCCCUGCGCGGUUACGCCAUGCUGCGGACUACGUACGGCGGGGUCCCAAGGGUCUCGCGGCAUUUGAUGAAGAAGUCGACGAGAAGGAAGACGAAGUUAGCGACUGGGUUCUCAAAAGUGAAGAAGGGGGCCGUCAAGAACGGGUGGCCAAGCGGCGCUAUGGACACCUCAACUAUCCCUCGGGUGACUGGCGGAUAGAGGAGUGGAAACCUUGGUCCAAAAAGCUUGGUCCAUACCGGUAGAUUUCGUUCCGUCGUCACACGUUUCUGGCGGCAUGGGAGAGCAUCCUCUACAGGGUUUGCUGACCACAGUGAGAGGACUGUAACAUCAAUUUUUUGUACUAAGUACAUACAAUACUUGGGACUAUCUUAGACAUUGGCAUAUUUGCCCUUUCCUGAAUGAAAAAAGAUUCUCCAGCUUG